AGCAGUAGUGCACAUCAGAGACGGAAAUGGCGCCCACACAUCCAUCAACGAAGCUCGCUGCCCUCACGCUGUUGGUGCUGGUGGCGCGGGGCGUGCGGGGCGCGAGUCCGCAGCAGGUGGUGACGUCGCUGGGGCUGCACGCGGCGGCGGAGGCCAUGGCGGCGAUGGAGGAGGGCACCAGCCACCAGAACGAAGCCGCCACCGUCAACGGCCUGCGCGCCGCCCUCGACGCCGGGCGCGCCGCCCUCGAGCUCUACGCCGCCGCCUCGGACGUGGAACCGGUCAAGCCGCACGGGCUGCUGCUCACGAUCGCCAACGCUGUCAGCUUCGGCAGCGACACCGACACCAAGGCCAAGGACAACACCAAAGGCAAUGGCACCGGCAACGGUGGCGACGGCGGCAACAAAGGCGAAGAUUCUUCGGAAUCCAAUAUCAGUACGCUCCUGAACAUGGGAAAGCAGGUUUGGCAACUUCUCCAAGGUGUUCGCUAAUCGGAUUCUAAGUUGCGUACGUUCCCGUCGUAUUUUCGUACGAGGAAUGCUUUAUGUUAACAAAAUUACGGAUGUGGGUGCUUUAAAGUAAAAUAUUACGACUUUUGUAUUGGGGGUCCAAAGUAUUAGACCAAUGCUAAUAAUUUAUAGUAUUAACGAACUAUUCAUAGUAUGAUGUUGAAUCACAAUAUCACCUUUUUAAUUGUGAGUAUCUGACAAAAACAUUUUCGUUAAACCAAUGAACAAAAUCAAUUUAACACAUCUAUAAAUAUGCACAGAAAUUAUAAGUUGUGAUAUAUUUGCACUGACCUUCAUAAAUUUUUAGGUUCAUUAAAUAAUAAUUUUCAUUACUGCAAAAUAUCUUAAAAUGUAUAUUAAGUAUGUAAAUAAAUG